AUGGGGCCAUCUAGACACACUCGCACGGCGGCAGCGGCUGCUGCUGCUGGAUCCUCAUCCAGUCGCAAAGACGAGCCUGCUUCCUCUUCAUCUUCUGCUCUCACUUCGACAGAGCCAGCUCCAAAGACACCGACACGACCCUCUCCCUAUGCGAGGACGCCGACCAAGGCACCGACAUCCUCUGCACUUACUCUCGGCCCCCGCACGCCAACAUCGCGGACAAGCUCGCCCAUGAUGCUGCGCGAGAUCUUCUCCAUGAUCAGUCCCUUCCGCGGCUUCAGCAGGGCCCGGCGUUCGGCUGCUUUCGGAGGAGGUGGUGACGAGGUGGACAUGGACCAAGAGCCACCCGCCGGCACCCCUCUCCGACAAGAGUCGAAGCUUGAUCAAGUUGAAGAGGAUGACGAUACAGACGACCGCAUGAUCGAGGAUGCCGAGGAGGGCUUCUCUGCAUCUGCUGUCCAGCCAGCCUCGUCCAAUACGCAGAGCAGUCAGCGCAGCGCACGCUCAGAAGUACCACCAUCGCCAAGUCGCUCCUCACGCUCCUCAUUGGCCGCACCGCCAAAGACGCUUCCCUUGGCCAACGAUGCUUUCGUCACGCCCGGCCUGCGUCGACAAUUCAACAACGCACAGCCCGAAGUCAUGUCAUCCACGCCCUUGCCAACGACAUCUUAUGCGCCACCAACACAGACCAGCCCCGUGUCUCGCAAUUAUGACCUGCUGGCCCGCUUCUUCGCCGAAAAGCAGCGCGGCGGUCAAGGCGGGCUCACAGAGGUCGAAGUCGAAGGCUGCAUUCGUUUGAUCGAGGAGAGCAUGGCAGAUGGGCGAAACCUCGAAUCUGAGUUCGCUGGUACCUCCAAUCAAGGUCGAGGAUAUGCGCAAGUGCAAAGGACCGGCUUUGCGCCAUCCUCUCGAGCCAGCAGCAUCGCACCGCCCGCUUUUCCAUACUCGCAGAGCACAAACACUCUUUUCCACCCGGGCACGAACAAGAUGAACGCCUCUUCGAGCGCAUACUCGUUCCUUGCUCCCCGUGCCCCCGCCUCGCAACUCGGCUUCGCUGGAGCAUCGACGUCUGCUCGCAGCAGGCGACCUAUCUACGUCGGUCCAGGCAUGAGCAGCCUUUCGCUGAGGAGUCGACGACCCGUCGUGGCCAGCGCAUCGCGCGCAGCAGAGAUGGCCAAGUCGCAAGCCGCCGGAGGGAUGCCCAGAUCGAGCACGGAUCCCAAUCUCGCAGGGCUCGCCAGACAUGUGGACGACACGCAGGACGCAUCGGCUCGCAACGAAGAGGCCAAGCGCCGUCGUACCGCCGUCGAUGUUGAGAAGAGCUUUUCUUCCAGUCGCGGAUUGAGUUCUUCUCAGACGGUGCAAUUCGCGCCAGCAUACGAGAAAGAGGCUCGUCAAAGCAGUCUCCUCGCAAGAGACAUCGCGGCCUCGUCAUCGGCCACCAGUGCGUCAACAUCGCCGUUGAAGCGCGCCGCUCCAUCGAUCGAGGCUACCGCCGCUUCCUCCGUCAAGACGAGCCCGCCGAAGGUACCUACACGCACGGCCAGCGCCAUUCAAGACAUCCUCAAGACGACACCACCGGUGCGUGCUCCCACCAAGCCAGAGCUCAUCAACCCAUAUCAGUCGUCUGCACCCGUGGCUGCAAAGAGCAAGCCAAGCGCUGAGGCUGGUGCAGCCACAGCAGCGCCGGUGCGUCGCUCCGCUCGCACAACGAUGCUUACGCGUGCCAAGGCGAGAGAAACGGCCAAGGCAUCGGAGAAGCACAGUCCUCCCAAGGAAUCGGUGCUCGACCUGAUCGAGCGCACGGCGCCCAAGACGAUCAGCAAGAGGAAGGCACCGGCCGAGGACCCACAGCCUGAGCCUCACCGCAACGGGAAGAAUAGUGCGCCAGAGCCCGUCGCAAAUCCGGCCGCCGAGCAGCCGUCAGAGCAGGAACGCAAGCUGCAAAAGACAGAAGAGGUGCAGCGCCGACUGGAAGCGCUCACCAAGGCCAAGACUCAGCAGCAGGACAAGCAGGAACCGCAGAGCAGCGCACCCAAGCCAGCUCCCGUCGAGAACAAAGCCGCCAAGGUCUCCGCCAACCUGCUGCCACCGCAGUACACGGCCACCAAGCCCAAGAAGCCUUCGCCGCUGUCGGCUGCUUUCCAAGCGCCCGACUCGCCCAGCUCCGACUCGGAGGUGGCUGCGCCCGCUCCGUCGCGCGGGCCUGCUGUUGCUCAGCCCAACUUCAACUUUGGCGCUAGCGCAGCGAAGACGUCAGCGCCGUCGUCAGGGUUCUCGUUCAGCACAAGCAAGCCUGGCGCCAGCUCGGCGCCUUCGACAGUUGCAGCGCCGUCCGGUGGGUUUUCCUUCUUGAAGCCGACUGCACCGGCGGCGACGUCGGCGCCAGCAACGUCAGCUGCACCGGCACCCUCGACAUCGUUCUCCUUCAGCCCAGUCUCGGCCGCCCCUGCGCCACAGCAGAAGCCAGCCGCGACCAGCGCUCCUAAGACGAGCGGAUUCAGCUUCACUUCUCACUCAUCGACCACAUCGACUCCCGCGCCACCGGCCAACAAGAGCACCGAACCAAGCUCGAUCCGCGAUCAAGUGCUCGCUGAAGACGUUUCGAAGCUGCCCUCGUUCGACUGGCAGGUGGCUGCUGUGACGGCUUCGAGCAGCGAGAGUGCGAGUCAAGCGCUGCGCGACGAGAUCCGGUCGGUGGCCGAGUCGGCGUUGCCCAAGUUCGACUUUGUGUACGAGAUCGAGACGUCCGCUGGCGCGGACGGAAAGGGGGACAGUGUUCCGCUCAAGGCGGCUGCACCGAGCAGCGGUGGGUUCAGCUUUUCCGCACCAGCUGCGGCGGCCGUACCCGCUGCCACCACCGCCGCUGACGAUGACACAACCGAAGCCACGGACGACGCCUCCACCUCCCAACCUUCCGGCCUGCUCGGCGAGGGCGAAGGCGAACAGUCUGAAUCGACCCUGCUCGAAGUUCGCGCCAAGAUCUGGCGUCUCGACCUCCCCACCAAAUCCUGGAAGGACCUCGGCAUCUGCAUCGCCAAGAUCAAACACGAUGCCACGACGGACAAGCACCGGCUGCUAGCGAGGAACGAGGCCAACGGCAAAGUCGUGGUUAACUUCAGGACGUAUAAGGGGUUGAAGUGUACACAGGAGAAGACGGUGAAUAGCUUUUUGGGGUUCGAUGGGCAGGAGCCCAUGCAGGUGAGGUUGAAGGUCAAGACGGAGGAUAUGGCGGGGGAGUUCAAGGAGAUGCUCGAGACGGCGGCGAGCAAGUCCUGA